AUGGCCACCGAAGCCGCGCCAGAAAGCACUCUGCCAUAUCCUCCGAUGCACGCGGAUAAGCCGUUCGUUGUCCUCUCCGACUGGUUGGUUGGUUCGUCUUCAAUCAUGCCUCCGGGCAGCUUCUCCCUCAUCAGUACGAUGGGCACUACAAGUGUCUGCUCAUCGUCGGAUCCUUGGGAUGGAACUAUAACGACGCGCGAUUCCAAUGACUAUAUGACGGAUGAACUCGGAUUCGGAAGGGAGAAGCGGCGAGAGCUCAAUAUAGCCACCCUCACUGGUGAAGUGACGUUCCGAGACUCGUUUCGCGAGAUGCUCGAGAGCGUGGUCGCCAAUGGACACACCUUUGAGGAAUGUAAGGAGGAGCUUAAGAAAAAUAUCAAGCUCGACCCUGGGUUCAAAGAGUUCUACCAGUACUGCUACGGUACAGAUAUCCCGGUCGUCAUCAUUUCCAGUGGCAUGGCUCCCUUGAUCCGCGCCGUUCUAUCGAACCUCAUCGGUGAGGAGGAUGCCAAGAAGAUCGAAAUUGUCUCCAACGGCGUGAUUAUUCACCCCGAUGGCAAGUGGGACAUCCAGUAUCGCCAUCCGUCAAGUGGUUUUGGCCAUGACAAGAGUCAAGCAAUCCUGCCGUAUCGCGCGCUCGAGCACCCACCCACAAUCUUCUUCUUUGGCGAUGGGGUAUCAGACAUGUCUGCAGCGCGCCACGCCGAUGUGUUAUUUGUGAAGCAGAAAGGUGACGGUGAGAACGAUCUGGCGGCGUACUGUACUCGCGAAGGCAUUCCGCACAUCCUCUUUGAAGACUUCAGUCGAGCCUUAACGGUCGUCAGAAGCGUUGUGGACGGGAAGAUGAGUGUCAAGCAGGCGUUGUCUCUCGGCCGGGCUUAA